AUGCCUCUACCGAAAGGGAAAGUUGCCCUUGUGACUGGGGCGAACGGAAUAAGCGGUUAUGCGAUUGUCGAGUACUUGUGCAAGCAGCCCGAGUCUGAAUGGUCCCUUAUCGUUGCUACUUCAAGGAGACCAUCGACGAUGUACUGGGUCGAUCCUCGAGUAGUCUUUGUGACUGCUGACUUUCUAGAUCCUGUUGAAACCAUUGCGGAGCAGCUUGGGCCAUCGUGCAAAGAUGUGACGCAUGCGUUUUUCACCUCCUAUGUCCAUAGUGCGGGUUUCAAGCAAUUGCGUGACAAAAAUGUGCCUUUGUUUAAAAACUUCUUGGACACAGUAGACAGCAUCUGCCCACGGCUUGAGAGAGUUAUUCUGCAGACUGGAGGCAAACACUACGGAGUGCACCUUGGACCAGUGACCACGCCAUCAGUGGAAGACAAACCUCGAUACAAAGACGAAUUCAACUUCUAUUUUGCCCAGGAGGAUCAUAUGUUCGCUCUGCAAGCAAAGAGGGGAACCUGGAAUUGGAAUGUCAUCAGGCCGAACGGCAUCAUUGGAUUCACUCCACACGGUUCGGGAAUGUCGGAAGCGCUCACCCUUGCCAUGUAUUUCCUGCUCUGUCGCGAGCUCAACGAGCCUGCUCGAUUUUUCGGAAAUGAGUAUAUGUGGAAUACACUCGAUGACAAGUCUUCGUCAGCAGGCCUUGCAGAGAUAUCGGUUUGGUCGGCGACACAGGAGCAUACGAAAGAUGAAGCUUUCAACUAUGUGAACGGCGACGUAUUCACAUGGAAAAAUCUGUGGCCAGCUUUGGCUGCUUACUACGGAGCAGAUUGCCCUCCACCGGAAUGGACCAACGCUGCUGGACAGUUCAACUCUCUGACUACCGAGUUCAAUGUUGUAGAGUGGGCAAAUGACAAGAAGCCCGUCUGGCAGAAGAUCGUGUCCAAUUAUGGGGGGAAAUUGGAGGCAUGGGACUGGACAACUUGGGACUCUGAAAUGUGGGCAUUCGGCAGGUCUUGGCAGACAGUCUCGUCCAUGACUAAAGCUCGAAAGUUCGGCUGGACCCAUCUUGAAGAUACUCAAGAGAACUAUUUUUCCACCAUCAGAUCACUGGAGAAUGCCGGAAUCCUUCCUAGAAUGAGAGGACGCCAGUGA